GGUGUGCACAAAGGUGUGAAUAACUAUGUCGCAACGCAUUGCGUUAUGUUUCGGGUACAAUGGCGCUGGCUACUUCGGCCUGCAGCGGCAGCCCGACAACACCGGCAAACCCACCAUCGAGCAGGAGCUGGAGGCGGGGCUCCUGGAGGUCGGGGCGCUGCUGGCGCGGAACGCAGGGGCGCUGCAUCGGGUCAACUGGAGCCGCACCUCCCGCACCGACAAGGGCGUCAGCGCCGCCGCCAACGUCAUCGCCUUUGACGUGCCCCACGCCUGCCUGAGGGCUGAUCAGCAGCGGGGCCAGCCGCAUCAGCAGCACCAGCAGGAGCGCGCCGCGGGAUCUGCAGCCGCCGGCAGCAGUGGCAACAGCACCGCCGCGGGAGGCAGCGGCGCCGCCGGCGGCGAUGCGGAGCUGGCGGGACUGGUGGCGCGGCUGAACGGGGCGCUGAGGGCGCCCAUCCGCGUGUGGGGCGGCGUGCGGGUGGGGCAGAGCUUUGACGCGCGCAGGGUGGCAUGCGGCCGCAGAUACGAGUACCUGCUCCCCGUGUGGGCUCUGGACCCAGCGGUGGGCAAGCCGCGUGGCGUGCAACAAUCACAGCAACCACAGCCACAGCAGCUGCAGCGGCAAGCACAAGACUCGCAGCCGGCCAGCAGUCCUGGCACACCCGCUGAGCCCCCCAGCAACGCUGCUAAUGGCAACGCCUCCGCUACUGCAGCCACCACCUCCGGUGCCGCCGCGGGCACCACCACGGCUGAGCGCAGCCGCAUGCGGGCUGAGGCGGAGAUAGGAGCCAGCUCCUUCGCUCUGAGCCCCACCGAGCUGAAGCGCCUCAACCUCAUCCUGGGCGUGUUCGUGGGCGCACAUUGCUUCCACAACUUCACAAGCGAGCCCUCAGACGACCCGGAGAGUCUGCGGCGGACCAUCCACGUGGCGCGGGCGGAGGGACCCGUGUACCUGCGCCCCAGCCCAGAGACCGAAGGCGCGGCCGCGGCGACCGGCUCCGAUUGCAAUCCCGACGGCGGAGGCCAGGCUCCAAGGGGAGGCCAGGGCGGAGGCCAGGGCGGAGGCCAGGGCGGAGGCCAGGGCGAGGGCCAGGGCGCGCCGUACGUGCGCAUUGUGUUCAUCGGCACGGGCUUCCUGAUGCACCAGAUCCGGAGAAUGGUCGGGCUAGCGCUGGCGGUAGCUCGCAAGGCCGCGCCGCCCGACUGCAUCCGCGCGGCGCUGGACCCGGCCCGGCCGCACAUCACGCCACCCACCGCGCCGCCCACUGGCCUGAUGAUGGACCGGGCGUACUUCAGCAAGGAGUCGUACGACACGGCACGUGCCGCCGCCACAGCCGCCAUUGCGGCCGCCGCCACCGCCAACACUGCGGCCCAGGCAACAACAGGGCCAACAGGCAGUGGCGGCGGCAGUGGCAGUGGCAGUGGCGGCGGCGGCGGUGACGGCGACUGGCGGCGGCAGCUUGAGGCGCUGAGCUUGUCGGGCGAGGCGUUUAAACUCCGGGAGCUUUACACAGCGGUUUGCGGCGCGGGCCCUGUCGAGAUGUUCCAAUUCCUGUGCGGCCUCACGGACAGCGCAUUCGGCUUCAGGUCUUGGUCCAAACGGCCCGCUGGGUCCGCAGCCGCAACGGCAGCAGCAGCGGCGAUGGGAAAGACAGCGGCGCCGGCGCCGGCGGCAGGUAGAGUAGGCGGUGCGGGUGGUGCGGGUGGUGCGGGUGGUGGGGCCAAGACGGCAUCGGAGGCACGUGGCGCGGGUGCGGGUGCUACGGCGGCGCCAGCGGCGCUAGCGGUGGCGGGUCCUGAGUCGGUGGCAGGGGAGGGCGAGGGCCAGCCGCCGCCGCAGAAGCAGCCGAGGUUGGGUUAGGCACCGGCCCUGCACAGUUGGGUUUGCUGCUGGGGAUGCAAAGCUGCCAGGUUAUGAUUUGGCGGAGUUAUGCACUGAGGACACAUGCCACACUGCCGUGUCGUUGUGCCACCAAGUGCACCACUGGGGACACCCCCGCAGCGCCCCGACCUGUAACUG